AGUGCACCCGCCAUGGCCGCCGUGACCACGCCCCAAGGCGCCUUGCGCCAGCGCAAUGUUGGUCCCACGACCAAGAAAUCCGCCAAGGAUGGCGCUUCCUCAGAUGUCGAGCUCGACAAGCUCGUGAAAGCGGCUGCCGCCAAGGUUCCGGCCGGCUCGGAGCGCGACUACAAGGCCGUCUUCGUUGUCAUCACCGGCUUGGCCUUCCUCACGAGGUUCUGGGGGAUCACCCACCCGAACGAAGUUGUCUUCGAUGAAGUUCACUUCGGCAAGUUCGCCUCCUACUACAUCAACAGGACCUACUUCUUCGACGUACACCCCCCGUUCGGCAAGCUCCUCUUCGCCUUCAUGGGCUGGUUGGUUGGAUUCGACGGCCACUUCCACUUCGACAACAUCGGCGACUCGUACAUCGUCAACAAGGUCCCAUACGUAGCUUUCCGCUCUUUGCCCGCCAUCCUCGGCGCCCUGACUGUGUCGGUGGUGUACUUGAUCAUGUGGGAGUCCGGAUACAGCCUGCCAGCCUGCAUUGUCGCCGCCGGCCUGGUCCUUCUCGACAACGCACACAUUGGCCAGACGCGCCUGAUUUUGCUGGACGCCACUCUUGUCUUCGCCAUGGCCUGCAGCUUGCUCUUCUACAUCAAGUUCUACAAGCUGCGUCAUGAGCCCUUCUCGAGAAAGUGGUGGAAGUGGCUUAUCCUGACCGGCUUUGCCCUGUCCUGCGACAUCUCCACCAAGUACGUCGGCCUGUUCGCCUUCAUCACCAUCGGCUCCGCCGUCACCAUCGACCUCUGGGACCUGUUGGAUAUUAAGAGACCCGGGGGAGCUCUGAGCCUGCGGGAGUUUAGCAAACAUUUCGCCGCUCGUGCAAUUGGCCUGAUUAUCCUGCCCUUCCUCUUCUAUCUUUUCUGGUUCCAGGUGCACUUCUCCAUCCUCACCCGCUCGGGGCCCGGCGAUGACUUCAUGACCCCCGAGUUUCAAGAGACGCUCAGCGACAACAUCAUGCUCGCCAACGCCGUCACCAUCGACUAUUACGACACCAUCACCCUCAGGCACAAAGAGACAAAGGCCUAUCUCCACAGCCACCCGGAUCGCUACCCCCUAAGGUACGACGACGGCCGUGUUUCCAGCCAGGGUCAGCAAGUCACCGGCUACCCCUUCAACGACACCAACAACUACUGGCAGAUUCUGCCUGCCGGCGCCGACGAUCAGCAACUUGGCCGCCAUGUCAAGAACCACGACCUGGUGAGACUUCGCCACCUGGUCACCGACACCAUCCUGCUGUCCCACGACGUCGCCUCGCCGUACUACCCUACCAACCAGGAGUUCACCACCGUCUCCAUUGCCGACGCAUAUGGCGACCGGGCCGCCGACACUCUGUUCGAGGUCCGGAUUGAACAUGGCAAGUCUGGUCAGGAGUUUAAGAGUAUCUCCAGCCACUUCAAGCUCAUCCACAACCCCAGCAAAGUUGCCAUGUGGACUCACACCACGCCUCUUCCAGAAUGGGGCCACAAACAGCAGGAGAUCAACGGAAACAAGCAAAUUGCUCCCAGCUCCAAUGUCUGGUAUGUUGAGGACAUUCCGUCCCUCCCGGCUGAUCACAAGCGCCGUGAGAAGCCCGAGAGGAAGGUCAAGACGCUGCCAUUCCUGCGCAAGUGGUUCGAGCUGCAGCGGUCCAUGUUCUGGCACAACAACCAGUUGACGGCCAGCCACCCUUACGCGUCCUUGCCCUACCAGUGGCCAUUCCUGCUCCGUGGUGUCAGCUUCUGGACGCAGAACGACACUCGCCAGCAGAUUUACUUCCUCGGAAACCCCAUCGGAUGGUGGAUUGCCAGCAGCGUCCUCGCAAUCUAUGCGGGUAUCGUCCUGGCCGAUCAGUUCUCGCUGCGCCGAGGCAUUGAUGCCCUGGAUCAUCGUUCGCGCUCCCGGCUGUACAACUCGACGGGCUUUUUCUUCCUCGCCUGGGCAACACACUACUUCCCCUUCUACGUCAUGGGCCGCCAGCUGUUUUUGCACCACUACCUCCCCGCGCACCUGGCAUCGACCCUCGUGACGGGCGCCCUGGUCGAGUUUGUCUUCAGCCAGGACGCCGUCGAGCACGAGCUGGCCUACCAGGCCGUCAAAACCGGCAAGAAGCCGGCGGCGCCCAAGCGCCACCUGACAGCCCGCGAGCGCUUCGCUGGCCAGAGCAUGAUGGCCGCCUGGAUUGCGACUGCCGUCAUCCUGGUCGUUGUUGCCGCCUGCUGGUACUUCUUCCUGCCGCUGACGUACGGCUACCCCGGUCUCACGGUCGAGCAGGUGAUAAGAAGGAAGUGGCUGGGAUAUGAUUUGCACUUCGCGAAAUGAAGCGUGAGAAUGGGAGAACGGAUGGCUGCUCUCGUAGCAACCGAGUAGAAUGUACGAUCCCGAGGUAUGAGUGAUUCGAGAGGUGUAAGCGGUGUUGUUUCAAAAAGCCUUGGGUAGCGAAUCAAGAUUAGUGAAGCUUGUCCUCCACACAGCGGCGAGGGUAGUUUAUCUCCAUGGUAAACAAUAACCACUUCAUGUGCCAAAGUCAG